CCACACAAAAAAAAAAAAACAGAAAAAUGGAAAGUGAUUGUAAGAGCAAAAGUAGGUGGGAAAUUUAAGCUUCAGGGUCCGGCGGGUCAAUCCCUCCCAGUACUUAUCCUAUAAAUAUUAGGGAAUAAUAGAAAGGAUUAAACACAUCAAGGUAAGCAAUGGAAGCUCAAGUAGUUGAAGACAUUGUCAUAGUUGGAGCUGGAAUUGCUGGCUUAACAACAUCAUUGGGACUUCAUAGGUUGGGUGUUAGAAGUUUGGUACUAGAAUCUUCAGAUACAUUGAGGGUCACAGGGUUUGCUUUAGUAGCAUCGCAAAAUGCUUGGAAGGCCUUAGAUGCUGUCGGUGUUGGAGACAUCCUCCGCCACCAACAUCUACAGCUUAAGGGGGUUACCACUACUUCCUUAAUCUCGGGAAAACAGACAUCAGCUCUGUCUUUUGACCACAAUGGAAAGCAUGGAGCCUGUGAAACUCGUUGUGUUAGAAGGAAUUUAAUGUUGGAGGCCCUUGCAAAUGAGCUUCCAAGUAGCACCAUUAGGUACUUGUCAAAGGUGGUUGCUAUUGAGGAAUCUGGCUUCUGCAAGAUACUCCAUCUUACUGAUGGAACCACCAUCAAAACCAAGGUAUUGAUUGGAUGUGAUGGAGUAAACUCCAUGGUGGCAAAGUGGCUAGGCUUUAAGGAGGCCUCUUUUACAAGGAGGCAUGCAAUCAGAGGUUUCAUGGAAUUGGAGAGCAAUCACGGGCUUGAGACCAUGGGAAUGCAGUUCUUUGGAAAAGGUUUUCGAACUGGAGCUUUGCCUUGUGAUUACAAGACUGUUUACUGGUUUUUCACUUGGAAUCCCACCAACCAAGAGAAAGAGCUACAAGAGAACCCUGCUAAACUGAAAAAAUGUGUAUUGAACAAGCUCGAGAAGAUGCCAAGUGAUGUUAGAUACUUGAUAGAAAAAUCUGAAUUAGAUGGUUUCCAUUCAGCUCAAGUGAGAUAUAGAAGACCCUGGGAACUGAUGUUGGGAAACAUUAGUAAAGGCAAUGUUUGUGUUGCUGGAGAUGCUCUCCACCCCAUGACUCCUGAUCUUGGCCAAGGUGGGUGUUGUGCUUUGGAAGAUGGGGUUGUUUUAGCCAGGUGCCUAGCUCAGGCAUUCUCCGAAAAGACGAAAGAAAAUGAAGGAGAAGAAGAAGAACACAAAAGGAUUGAGAAAAGCUUGAAGAGAUAUGCAAAUGAGAGAAGAUGGAGGAGCAUUGAUCUCAUCAGUUCAGCUUAUAUGGCUGGUUUAGUCCAGCAGGCAGAUUCCAAAUUGGUAACUUUUUUCAGGGACAAUGUUUUGGCUGUGUUCCUAGCUGAUAUACUUUUGAAGAAGGCAAAUUUUGAUUGUGGAACACUAAGUAGCUCUAAGUAACAUCAUUUUCUUGUAAAAUGCUCUGUUUAGUUAUCAUUUUGUUGCUUUUAAUCGGUGUUAAAAUGUGAUGUAUAUUUUUAUAGAUAAAGAUCAUCUAGAUUGUUGUUGAAGUAAGUAUAGUUUGAUAUAUCUAGGAAAAAAAAAUUGUAGAAACCUAUUGUGAUUUUUGUAGCCUAUGUCAAAAGUUAUGUAAUAUGUAUGUUCUGAUC